GCCAAAUUUCUCGUUCAUCCAUCUAUCGUAACGAUUAGAGCGCUAGGCUAGACAGGCUGUCGCUGCCAUUCUGCCUUUCAUCAUGGACGCGAAAUGUCAAUUCCAUUCUGUACAGUGCUCAGCGGCAAAUGGGAACAGCUACCAUGUUUACCUCGAGCCAUCCAAUGAAACAGAUGGCAUCCUUACACGGAUAUGUGAAGACGGCCUUUACGACAGAGAUCAGCGUCGAUGGACGGAUCGCAGCCACUAUUCCGAUGCUCUACUAUUCCUGAACUGCUUGACAGAACGUUCAUAUACAGCACUUUCCACAAUGCCAACUUCCGAGACGAAGCUCCCAAAGCGCCGAAUUUGGGUCAUGCAUCCCUCUGAAUCACCACUCAAAAUUUCCGAGCAUCAGGUAUUACUUCUCGUGAAUCAUGACUCUCAGGGUGUAUCGGCCAUGGAUGAGGUACACGCAAUCGCAGAGCUUGUAUCUGAUCAAGACGCCCCACAUCAUCAAAGUGGCUUCCAGCCUCUUCAGUUCAACCUCAGCACCUCCGAGUCUCUCUCUCGAUAUGAUCGCUCUUUUCUGUUUGGUUUAUCGAUCCAAAAAUCAAACAUUAUGCACCUGAUCAAAUAUGAUCGACGUGGUUUUAUGUCCACUCCAUUUCACAUCCAUCAUUAUCCAUGGGCAGUCCUUGGCUGCAUCGACACUUUGGCUACGUGUGAUAGCUAUGAUCUAGGUUGUUGUCCCAGCGUCGAGUCGGCUCCAGUUCCACCCGACAGUGCAUCCUCCCGAUCAAUCAAGAUGACCUAUUAUCAAAAAGCUACCCAUUUGCGGCAGAGUGCAGAUCAUCACAUGCGCGUCAGACUAACAAGACCACUGGUCUUCGGGUCCUUCGACGGAUCGUUGUUUCCUUGUAAUUGCCCCUUCGGAUGGAAGUUUAUCGUAGAUUGCGGUGCCGCUCCUCAGGACCACGCACAGUUUUUGGAUGAACUGAAAAAUCUCAAUGGGGUUCCAAAAAUAGGGGCAUAUCGAUCUAUGGCAGUUGACUGCAUGAUCACCCACGAGAAGAGACUUUUUGGUCCACAGCAUCUGAUAGUGGAGAGCAUCGUCCAAACCGUAGAGCAUCUCGUCAGCGUCACCUACUUUUCAUCCCGCAAGGAGCUUUUCUUGGCGAUGAUAUCGUGCAUAGACACCCACCGUAACGCGUUUCUCUCGCACAAGCUACUUCAUAAUAACAUCAAUCCGCGCUCCAUCUGUCUGAACGUGAACGAUCCCAGCGAUGAGAAUGUCAUACCGUUUUGGAAUUCGGACGGAACACCUCCCAUACGGGAAGCGAUGCUCUGUGGGUGGAGAUUCGCAAGACACAUGGAUCCUGGAAGCCAGAUGAUCGGCGUUUACAGAUUCUCGGUAAGACUCCAACUGAGGAUCAACAUUAUUUCAGCGACUAGAGGUUUUGUAGGAAUACUUGGCAACAGAAAUAUUGUGGCACAAGACUUGUUUGCCACAACGAAGACACGAUCUGGAAUCAUUCCUCUGGGUCAUGCUUUUCAUUUGCAUCAAUUUUCUCGGACCUUACAGCCAAAAACGCACGGUACUACCUAGCUGCGUACCCAUGUGGCUGCGGGAAGAUCGCCUGCCUUUGUAUCGGCAAGACAUAUCUCAUGAGAGAUUCCAGGUGAAGGACUGGACUUCCACCUGCAGUGCGUGCUUCUCAGAUUACUUCAACCAUCCACCUAUCGUGAAAGGUCUUGCACAUCUCGCUUCAAAACUAUUGCCACCGGGCUCCUUGAAAAUCAAACGCG